UCUAAAGCUGAGAUGGCAGCCAAGGAAUUGCUCUCUGACGAGUGUAGUAGAGCUAUUAAUCACUUGGCAUCUUAUGAGCUGCACGUCAGUGAUGCUUAUUUAUCUAUGGCCUGUAAUUCCACUGAAGAACCUUUUUUGGCUGCUUUCCUUGAAGACCAAGCUGAUGUGAAGAGGGAAAAUGGAAAGCAACUCAUAAAAUAUCUAAGAAAAUGUGGGAAUACAAUCUGCCUUCCUGUGAUUAAGAGGCCUGAGGUAGAUAACUGGCAAACCGGCAUAAAAGCUCUAGAGUAUGGUCUGGAACUGGAGAAACAGUUAACUCAGCUUCUGGUAGACCUGAAGACCACGGCUUCCUCCAGAAAUGAAUGUGAUGUCUUAGACUUCUUUGGGAAGUUCUUGGAUGAACAGAAUAAAAAGACAAACUGCCUGCAAUUGCGCAUAGAAUGGCAUAAGGAAUUAGAGAAUAUGAAGAGAAACCAUGGAAGAGAAAGACUCAUUUAA